AUGGCGUACAGGACGCUGGAGGUGACUCUCCUGUCUGCCAAGGGCCUGAAGAGGGUGAACCUGAUCUCGCGCAUGGAGGUGUACGCCGUGGUGACCAUCUCCGGCGACCCUCUGACGCGGCAGUGCACCCAGCCGGACCCCUACGGCGGGCGCCACCCGUGCUGGAACACCUCGUUCCGGUUCAACGUCCCGCCCAGCGCCGCGACGGCCACCGGCUGCCUCCACGUGCUCCUGCGCACCGAGCGCGCCCUGGGCGACCGCGAUGUCGGCGAGGUCAUCGUGCCCCUGGCCGACAUCCUCGCCGGCGGCGGCGCCGCGUCCGACCCUGGCGCCCGGCCGCCGCAGCUGGCGUCGUACCAGGUCCGCAAGGUGCACCGCUGCGAGCCGCGCGGCGUGCUCAACGUGUCGUACCGCCUCGGCCCCAUCGUCGCCCCGCAGGCGAGAGCCGUCGACGAGGCCACCACCACCUUCGUCGGGUACCCGAUGCCGCGGCAGUUCUACACACCGCCGUAUGCCUACCUGCCCUCGCCGCUGUCCCUGGCGCCGCCCCCUCCUCCGGCGCAAGCUGCCGGUCGCGACGCCCAGCUGCAACCACCUCCACAGUACAGCUUGCCUGCUGCUACCUAUCCGCAGGCGGCUGCUACUUAUCCACAGCAGGCGGCUGCCGGGCGCGCUGCUGUGCCGGCGCCGGCGAGCGGGGAGAGCAACGGGAAGCUGGACUUCGGGGCGGGCCUCGGCGCGGGUCUGGUCAGCGGCGCGAUCGGCGGGAUGCUGGUCGCCGGCGACGUGAUGAUGUCUGACGCGGCGGCUUACAACUCCGGGUACCGCGCUGGACUGGCCGACGGCGGCGCGGCGGCGGUGUACAAGAACUCUCAUCGCGUUCACGACAAAGUCGAAGCAAAACGGACGGCGGUGUGA